AUCAAUGGAAAUGUUAUUACCGAAUCGGCGUCUCUUUCGGCUUGCGCUUCAACCGCAGCAUUUCUCGGCCGGAGCGUCCCCUCCCACUCCUACAACCUUAACCCAAAGUGGUUGAAGCUAAGCGGUGUCGGGCCUGAACGAGUAGCGGGAGGGAGAAAAGGCAGUCGUUUUGUGGGAUGCGAGGAGAUCGAUCGGGAAGAUGAGUGCAUCGAGGUUCAUAAAGUGUGUUACGGUGGGCGACGGUGCCGUCGGGAAGACCUGCAUGCUCAUAUCGUAUACCAGUAACACGUUCCCCACGGAUUAUGUACCAACCGUAUUUGAUAACUUUAGUGCGAACGUUGUAGUCGAUGGCAACACGGUUAACUUAGGGCUGUGGGACACCGCAGGCCAGGAAGAUUACAAUAGACUCAGACCUUUAAGCUACCGAGGUGCUGAUGUCUUCCUUCUAGCCUUCUCUUUGAUAAGUAAGGCUAGCUAUGAAAACGUAGCUAAAAAGUGGAUACCUGAAUUGAAACAUUAUGCGCCCGGUGUGCCAGUUAUUCUCGUUGGCACAAAACUUGAUCUCCGUGACGACCAACAGUUUUUCAUAGAUCACCCUGGCUCUCAGCCAAUAAGUACUGCACAGGGGGAAGAGUUAAAGAGAACAAUCGACUCUCCUGCUUAUAUUGAAUGCAGUGCAAAAACCCAAGUGAACAUAAAGGCAGUUUUUGACAUGGCUAUUAAAGUGGUGCUUCAACCGCCAAAACAAAAGAAAAAGAAAGGGAAGGCACUUUGCACCAUACUGUGAAUACUGUGUUCUGGAAAAUAACCGCAAGGGUCCUUGUAGUGUGGUAUUCAUUCUAAGAAGAGGUUUACAUUCAACUAAAAGCUGAUGCAACUCGUAACAACAGAUGCACUCAUGGAAACAUUUGGUGAUUGGUUUUCUUUACUGAUCUCAAACAAUAUCUUAAUUGUUGUCUAUUUAUUGGUUUUUAUUGUCAUCAGCGGAUCAAUGAUGGAGGUGAUCUUCUGUCAAUGGCAUCAUGUGCUGUAAUUUUAUCAGUUACAAUAUUUUUUCGGCAUUCUGGACCUUAGUUUGAAGUUAUUUAUGCAAUUCACUAGCACUUAAUCCUGCA